AUGGAUGAAGCUGGUUCCAAAAACGUAUUGUUAAAAUUACAAUGUAAAUACAAUGAUCAAAUCUGCAAUGUAGACAAUACAAAAGAUGAUAACGAGCAUGAUUGGUGGGCAAGUGACAGUGGAUCAAGUACUGGAUCAUAUUAUUCGGAUACAGAUAGUUCUACGGCAGAAUGGGAAUCAGAAAUCAGUCCUAACGGAGAACUGUUUUACAUAGAAUCUGUAGCAGAAAGCAUAACUGACGAUCAGUGUUCUUUUAACGAAACGCAACAUAAUUCCCAACCAGAACUGACUAGACGUCGUAGCACAAGAGCUGGAAAGCUCAUGCGACUCAUAAGGCGCAAAGAGAGUAAACGUUGGAGCACAAGGAAUAAAAAAAGUAAUCCCAAUGCCGUAUCGAACAAUAUAAUCAAUUCAGGGAAAGAAGGGAGCGCAACGAAAGAAGUGACAUUUAGGGACUUUCAAGCAGGUGAGAUUCGAGAAGUUACGCUCUGGGUUGAUCCGGACAGAAGACAUAAAUUGGGAAGGAGAGCUACGUUAUGCGAAGCAUAUUUUGGAAUUACUGCGGGAGUAUUUUCAGACAAAACACGAAUCAUGGUUGCUGGAUUUAUUCCAGACGGAGAAGCGAUGAAAAAUAAAAACAUCAAAAUUGGAGAUUGGUUGAGAAGUAUAAAUUCAAACGAAGUAACGUAUCAAAAUUUGGAUCAGAUAUUGUCUGAUAUAACUGUUUCAACGAAUGUAACGUUAGAACUACAAAGAGUCGCAGGUAUAGAUGUUACUGCAAAAUUGCCUACGUUAAAUUCUCCUAAACAAUCUUUGUUAGUACAGAGAUUAAUGAAUAAAGAAGAAAGCAAAGAUCUAAUGCAGUCGUUAUUAAAUUAUCCACUCGGUGUGCUAUAUCUACGAACGACAGAGCUUUCAGAAAUGGGACCAGAAUUACAAGGUGUUCUUUAUACACUACCUCGGUCAGAAAAUAAAAAUACGCAUUCUAUUUUGUGUACAGCAAGAGGAGCUUUUAUAACUCUUAAUCACUUGUUACCUGGAAUAGCAGGUUUACAGCCUACUAGUACUACUAUACAGAUAGCAGACGAGGAAAUUCAUAUUGUGUAUACUUCUCAGGAUGAGGAAUUACUUUUAAUAGCAUUACCAAAAAAAUGUUGUAGUCUCGAGGAAGCAGUUAAUUUAUCAGCCGAUGUAGUUAGAACUUUAAAAUUCACAUACCAAUCGUUAACAAAAUGCUUCACACCUCAGGAAAAUCAUUCCGCUUUAGAUCAUUUUUUUAUCUUAAUUAUACAGCAAUUACUGGAUAUAAAAAGUUACGUGAAUAAUGCGGGAUUAACUAAUCGUUCUAUGGAAAUUAAUAACGACAUCGAAAGUAUGGAAAGUUACAAAUUUAGGAGCACCUUUUCAGUCGCAAACUCUUUGGAACUAUCAAGAGAUGCACAAAUUCAAAUCGAUGCUGCUUUGAGUGAAAUGGAAGCGAUGGAUUAUAGAGAUUGGAAUGAAGAUCCCAUGGACUGCCAAAGAUUAUAUACAAUUUUAGGUAGUUGCAUCUAUCACAAACAUUACCUUCUUGGAUCUCACUUGACCCAUGACGAUUUAAUUGAAGUGAAUUCUUAUCUACAACAAAAUUGCCUUUUCAAUUUGAUAACCAACGAACCUGUAAAGAGUCUUGUUAUUUGGAAAAAGGUUUAUCCUUCUUUAUAUAAUCGUGGAAAUACGGAAAACGGUAGAAGUAUUCAGCCAUUGGUUCCUAAUGGAAAAUGGUUUCUACUUGUUGUUGGAUAUGGAUAUGAUCUGUUAGCAGUCCUCCUAGAAUCUGGUGGAUGUACUACAAAGUGUAGUGAAACUACAGGUCCGGAUAUAUUUUACGUGGAGGAAGCUCAGGAGACUCUAAAGCAUAUACAAAAAAUAGGAGUAACGACACUGGCAGCCAAAUGGAUCGCUUCUAAUACAAGACCAGAAGUAAUACCUUACGAAGAAAAUGUGUCUCUAAAACCAUCAUCCAGUAUCACGGAAAACUUUUUGGGUCUCAUAAAAUCAAACGAUGUACAAAGCUCGCUUACCAAAUCAUCCCAUACUACGACUACUAGUAGAAGAUCUCAAGAGAUACCUUCUAUUUUAAAGAAACGUAAUACGGAAGAAAGUCUGACAGUCUUAGGAUCUGUGUAUUCUUUGCAUACAUCGGAAGAUUCAUUGAGCCAAGGAACAGGUGGAGUUAGCGAAAUAAGCGACGAAACAAUGCCUAUAUUAGGAAGACGAGCAACAAGGGAAAAAAUUUCUAGCGGAUCAAGAUAUUCCGAUGACAGUGAUUCUGAUAUCGAUAUGUACAAGAAUGACUGUCGGAUAUUAAACAUGGAUAUAUCUAACAUACGAGAAAAUCUAUUAAACCAAGCCGAAUAUUUAACACCAAAAAUAUUGACCACAGGCAAUAAAAAUUAUUUGUAUCACUAUGUGCAUUUAGAUAUGGUCGAAGGGAUUCUUUUAUCUUCGAAGCCAUUGGAAAAUUCAGCAAAGGAUCGUAAAAUUUUGGUCAAUUUUAAUAAAUGUGUUCACAUUAUACACAGACUGUUGCAUAAUACAGUAAGGUUUAAAAAAAUGUUGAACUCAGAUAUGGACAAAACUGUAAUUAAUAAGAGUUUAAUCGCUGUUAAAGAACACGGUGUGUUAUUCGAAUGGGAAAACGUUACGUACUGGGUUGUUGGACGACUCUAUACAACUCCUCAUCCGAAGGAGUUGUACGUGUGUUAUCAAGAUUCUGCACCGCAAAAUUUAAUCGAAGUAGCAUUCAAGUUACAUUCGUUGCACUCUUUAACAUAAGUUUAAAUUUGUUAGAGAAUUUAUUAAAACUUUGAACAAAAAUUUAAAAUAAUAACAUAUUGUAUUUGAACUUUUAAUACGUAUCAAAAUUAAGCUUUACUUGAUUAAAUACUAUUUUCUUUGUUCAUUCUUCGAUCAUAUCUCGCAUUUUUUAA